AUGGCUGAGAACGGCACUGCUCUCCCCUCCAACCCCUCCACCGAGGAGACGGGCUUUGCUGAGGGCAAGGGCAAGGGCAAGGGCAAGGACAAGGCCGCCGCCGAGGCCGUUCCUCACACCGAGGACGCUGCAAUGGAUGGUGAAGAGGAAGCGGAAGACGACGACGACGAUGGAGAAGAGGAAGACGAGGAAGAGGAAGAGAACGGCGAGGGCGGCGACGAAGAAGACGGCAUGGAGGAGAUUGACCUGAACAACAUUGUUGAGGGCGGCCGUCGCACGCGCGGUGCUGUCAUCGACUUUGCCAAAGCCGCUGAGCAGCACCCCGCAGAUGAGGAUGAGGAUGAAGAUGACGACGACUUCCAGCCUCCUACUGAGGACACCGAGAUGUCGGGUUAG